GUAAAGUGUUUCCUCCUCCUCCUAGUAGUCUCUUCUUCGUCUUCAGGAAUUAAUCGGCGAGCGAGAAAGACAUGGCGGCGAACUACGAGUACGAGGAAGCGGCGGCGGGGGAGGAGGGAGAGAGCGGCGGAUACGACCCGAAUUACGUGGCGGAUUCGGUGAAAUCGUUCGUGGUACACAUGUACAGACACAUAAGGGAGAAGAACGUGUACGAGAUCCACCAGAUGUGUGAGACAUCGUUCCAGAGCUUAUCGGAACGACUGUUCAAGGAGACGCCAUGGCCAAGUGUAGAAGCGAUUGCUCCUUACGUAGACAACGACCACGUCUUCUGCCUUCUCUACCGUGAGAUGUGGUUUCGGCAUUUGUAUGCGAGGUUAUCUCCAACGUUGAAGCAGAGGAUCGAUUCGUAUGACAACUAUUGCAGCCUCUUCCAGGUGGUGUUGCACGGCGUAGUUAAUAUGCAGUUGCCCAACCAGUGGCUGUGGGAUAUGGUGGAUGAGUUUGUCUACCAGUUCCAAAGUUUCUGUCAAUUCAGAGCAAAGCUCAAGAACAAAACAGAGCAGGAGGUUGCAUUGCUCAGGCAGCACGAUAAGGCAUGGAAUGUGUAUGGCGUCCUCAACUUCUUGCAAGCCCUUGUGGAAAAGUCCUCUAUCGUCCAAAUCCUUGAGCAAGAAGAAGACAAGGAACAUUUCACUUCCACUGAUGGCUACGACUACUCUGGUGGCAGUAACGUCUUGAAGGUCCUUGGUUACUUCAGCAUCGUCGGCCUCUUGCGUGUUCACUGCCUCCUCGGUGACUACCACACUGCUCUCAAAUGGUUGCAGCCCAUUGACAUCUCCCAGCAAGGUGUUUACACCAGUGUCAUUGGAUGCCAUAUCGCUACUAUUUAUCACUAUGGCUUUGCCAACCUCAUGUUGCGACGCUAUGUUGAUGCUGUUCGUGAAUUCAACAAGAUUCUCCUCUACAUUUUCAAGACUAAGCAGUACCAUCAAAAGUCUCCGCAGUACGAGCAAAUACUCAAGAAGAAUGAGCAGAUGUAUGCAUUACUUGCUGUUUCCCUCUCUCUCUGCCCUCAAACUAAACUCGUUGACGACUCUGUCAACUCUCAGCUCCGCGAGAAGUAUGGUGAAAAGAUGAUGCGGAUGCAGAGGUUUGACGAUGAGGCAUUCGGUAUCUAUGAUGAGCUCUUCUCUUAUGCAUGCCCCAAGUUCAUCACCCCUUCCGCACCAAGCUUCGAGGAGCCUCUUGUCAACUACAAUCAGGAUGCAUACAGGCUUCAGUUGAAGAUGUUCCUUUAUGAGGUAAAGCAGCAGCAGCUGUUGUCGGGAGUGCGGACAUUCCUCAAAGUCUACUCCUCCAUUUCUCUUGCUAAGCUCGCUAAAUACAUGGAAGUUGAUGAGUCCACGCUAAGGACCAUAUUGUUAACAUACAAGCACAAGACCCAUUCAGUUGAUUCCAAUGGUGGGAUCAUCUCCAAUGCAGACAUUGAUUUCUACAUGAACAAUGACAUGAUCUACGUUGUGGAAUCAAAACCCGUAAAACGUUAUGGGGAUUUCUUCUUGCGCCAGAUUGCCAAGCUCGAAGGCGUGAUAAACGAUAUGGACCGCGUUAAACUGGAAUGAGGAAUUUUUCUGUGUUAUGCCAAUCCUCUUUGCCCAAUUGAUGUGUUUUUCUUUUUACUUGGAGACAAAAACACUUUUGAGAAGCUGUCUUCAUGUAGUCUAAAUGGUGUAGAUGGACUUCUUUUCUUGUGUGUAACUGGAAUCAUCUAUGAAUUCGUGCCAUUUUACAAUUGAGUGUGGCACAUCAGAUUAUAUACAAUCUCUGAGUUUCUUUCGAAUAAUUUGUCAUGAUUUCUUAUGCCAAAGAUGAGUUUAAAUCUUCA